UUGCAGUGCCAGGAAGCUGCCGGUGCGCGCAGGCGGCGGUGGACUUGUCUCCACGUGCGGCGCGCUCUUUCUGCCAUCCUUCCCUCUUCCCAGUGGCCGGGCCGGGGCAACCCAGCCCAGGAACGACGCCCCUCGAGCCGCGGUGGCUGUGUCCAGGACAUCCGCGAGCGAUUGCUCGCCGCGGGAUCACGCUCCAGCUCCGGAAGCCCGACGUGCUGGGAGCUGCGAAGCCAUGGAGGGUCUGGGCCGCUCGUGCCUGUGGCUGCGCCGGGAGCUGUCGCCCCCGCGCCCGCGGCUGCUGCUGCUCGACUGCCGCAGCCGCGAGCUUUACGAGUCGGCGCGCAUCGGCGGGGCGCUGAGCGUGGCCCUGCCCGCGCUGCUGCUGCGCCGCCUGCGGCGGGGGAGCCUGUCGGUGCGAGCGCUACUACCGGGGCCACCACUGCAGCCCCCGCCCCCCGCCCCGGUGCUCCUGUACGACCAGGGCGGGGGCCGGCACCGGCGCGCCGAGGCCGAGGCCGAGGAGUGGGAAGCCGACUCGGUGCUGGGCACUCUGCUGCAGAAGCUUCGGGAGGAAGGCUACCUGGCCUACUAUCUACAGGGUGGCUUCAGCAGAUUCCAGGCCGAGUGCCCUCACCUCUGUGAGACCAGCCUCGACCGCCGAGGGGGCCUGAGCAUGGCCCCACUGCCCAGCCCAGUGGUGGGGCUGGGAGGCCUGUGCCUGGGCUCCGACUGCUCUGAUGCGGAUUCCGAGCCUGACCGUGAUGCCAUGAGCUGCGGCCUGGAUUUGGAGGGCACCACGCCCCCCCUAGUGGGGCUGCUGUCAUCCUUCCCUGUCCAGAUCUUGCCCAACCUCUACCUGGGCAGCGCCCGCGAUUCAGCGAACGUGGAGAGCUUGGCCAAGCUGGGCAUCCGCUACAUCCUCAAUGUCACCCCCAACCUCCCCAACCUCUUUGAGAAGAAUGGCGACUUUCACUACAAGCAGAUCCCCAUCUCGGACCACUGGAGCCAGAAUUUGUCCCAGUUCUUUCCGGAGGCCAUCGCGUUCAUUGAUGAGGCCUUGUCGCAGAACUGCGGGGUGCUCGUUCACUGUCUGGCGGGUGUCAGCCGGUCCGUCACUGUCACCGUGGCCUACCUCAUGCAGAAGCUGCACCUCUCGCUCAACGAUGCCUACGAUCUGGUCAAGAGGAAGAAGUCCAACAUCUCGCCCAACUUCAGCUUCAUGGGGCAGCUGCUGGACUUCGAGCGCACCCUGCAGCUGGAAGAGCGCCGUGCCCGAGAGAGGGGCAGCGGGGGGCAGGAGUCGGCCGCCUCUGAUCCCCCCUCUUUCUUCACCACCCCGACCAGCGAUGGCGUCUUCGAGCUGGACGCCACAUAGGGCCCCAGGGCACCCUCCAGUGGGUGUGCCCAGCCCAACCACCCACGUGCUGGGGAGGAGGCCAGAGGGGGCUUGGCCUAAGCGGGGGCGGGGGGGGGGAAGUGGGGGGAGAGCACAAUACCUCAUUCGGGGCUGUGGGACAAGGCAGAGGCUGGGGACCCCCUCCAGGGUGGCGGUGGGGACAGCCCUGUCCUACCCACUGGAAACAUCUGCGAGGAAUCCUAUUAAACGUGCCUACGGGCCAGGCCUAGGGCCACCGGCCUGACCCGUGCCACUUUGGGGCGGAAGCCUGCUCCAGAACCUG